CAGACCUUGAUAAGCAGAUCUGCUGCUCACUCUGACACACGUGUGGGCAAUCUGACCUGCAACCUUCUCUAAAUUAUAAAAAAAACACAGAUGCAUUUAUUUGGGAUCAGUUAGAUCUCAGAUCAGUGAUUAGCAAACGGCGAGUUUGUUUUUUUUCUAACUGGUCUGUAACUCCUGGUGCUGAUUUGACCCAAAGUUGAUCUAAAUGAAACAAAGUUUGUGAAACUUUUCAAAUGACUUCUUAGUGGAAGUGUAAUUCAGACUGAAAAUUCCUGAUAGAGAAAUUAGUGGAAAGAUUUUUUGAAAUGGACGAUAAGGUUUUGGAGGCUGGAAAUCAGCUUCUCCAUGUGGACAUCCAUGUUGACGAACAUGAACCACGGCGGGGAAUUUUGGAACUUCUGAGCAAACUCCGUCCUCACUGGAAGGCAGAAGACAUUCAGAUGAAGGCAUUUACUGAAGGCAUCACCAACCAGCUGAUUGGCUGCUUCGUGGGCUCUCUCCAGGAGCCCGGCUGUGUCCUCGUCCGAAUCAACGGCAGAAUGACAGAACUUUACAUCAGCCGGGACAGGGAGGUGAACAUGUUCCAGGUCUUCCACGCACACGGUUGUGGUCCAGAGAUCUACUGCAGCUUCCAGAAUGGCAUCUGCUACGAGUUCAUCCGCGGAUCAGUGCUGGAAGAUCACCUGCUCCAGCAGCCCUCCAUUUACAGAUUGAUUGCAGCAGAGAUGGGGAGAAUCCACUCCAUUCCGCCAAAACACAACUUGCCUGUUGGACCUCUAAUCUGGACCAAAAUGACCCACUUUCUAACACUGAUGCAGAGCGGCGCCAACAGCGCUCCAACUCCAACCCAGCGUACAAGAAGUUGUAUUUUUCCCUGCAGUCGUGCAGCCGUGCAGGACAUGCCCGGCCAUGAGGUCCUCUCUGCAGAGAUGCAGUCCCUGAGGAGGCGCCUCUCACAGACGGACUCACCCAUCGUCCUCUGCCACAACGAUCUGCUCACCAAGAACAUCAUCUACAACUCCACAGAAAACAUGGUGAAAUUCAUCGACUAUGAGUAUGCAGACUACAACUACCAGGCCUUCGAUAUCGGCAAUCACUUCAAUGAAUUUGCUGGUGUGGCCGAUGUUGACUACAGCCGGUAUCCCAGUGUGGCGCUGCAGAGAGACUGGCUUACAGCAUAUCUGGAGAGUUACAAGCACAACACGGGACGGGAGGUCACCGUUACAGAGGCAGAAGUCACGCAGCUCUACAUCCAAGUCUGCAAAUUCUCAUUAGCAUCCAACUUCUUCUGGGGUCUCUGGGCCAUCCUGCAAUCACGCUUUUCCUCCAUAGACUUUGACUUCCAAAGAUAUGCCCUGAUGCGACUAAACUACUAUUUUGAGAAGAAGGAGGAAUAUCUAGGGUUAACAAUGAGCAAGCUAACCUUCUCAAGAUAAAAGAGACUAAAUUCAGGAUCAGUCUGACCGACUUUUCCUUAUUUAGAAAUUUGAGCUGAAGGGUAAUUCAAAGUGCAUGCAUGGAGCAAGUCUAUAAAAGUGUUCCUUAUUGUUUGUUAUUUCACUAUAUAGGCAGAGUUAAUAUGUUUUGCUGUCACUGUGAUUUUUAGAAUUUUUGUUUUAACCGCAGUCAGUGUGCUGAUAAGCCUGUUUGGCAAAUUGAGACGGCUCUCCUGCCAGGAAAGCAUUAAUUGUUCCCAUAUUCAGCCAAGCUGCAUGAAGCCACAAAAGCAGAGCGUGAUCAUAAAACCCAGAAGAGGGUUAUUUGCGGCCUUAUUGAAUAUGCACCGCAGGUUUGAUUGAAAACAAGUUUUUCAAUACAACAUAUUUAUUGUAAAAAAUCUGAAUAGUAUUUCAACUCUUUCUCUUAAAAACCACAGCUAUAAAGCAGUUCUACAGGUGUAAAGGUGUGAGUGUUUGAGCAGCUUUCCAGGCACUAAUAUAAAUAGUCUUUAGAAAUUCUAUUUUUUAGGUGGUCAAAUUGUAAAAGCAUAAAUAAAAAUUUUUAGGUACAUUGUACAAAAAAUAAAUCACAGAUCCAAAUUUCUUUAUAGAAAUAUGUUACUUCAGUUGCUAACCAGAAAAGUUGCAUUACCUGCAGUAAUGCUGGUGUGAAUGCUUUUUGCUGAAUGUGGUCGCUGAAUCAAUUCAUUUUAAUUGCUGAACAAUAUCAUGAAAAUACUAGCUUAACUCAGAAUUAACC